GCCCUGCGGCACGGGGGGCCGAACCCGGAAGUUCUGGGCCGAAUUCCUGGUUGCCAACAAGUCCCAUCCAGAGUGGAUGGAAAACGGCGACAUGGCGGCGUCCGGCCGAGCACUGUGCCUCUUCGACGUGGACGGGACCCUGACGGCCCCGCGACAGAAAAUUACCAAAGAAAUGGAUGGCUUUCUACAAAACUUGAGGCAGAAGAUCAAAAUUGGAGUAGUAGGCGGGUCGGACUUUGAGAAAGUGCAGGAGCAGCUGGGAAAGGAUGUGGUUGAAAAAUAUGAUUAUGUGUUUCCCGAAAAUGGCCUGGUUGCAUACAAAGAUGGGAAACUCUUGUGUAAACAGAGUAUUCAAGGUCACCUGGGUGAGGCCCUAAUCCAAGAUAUAAUCAACUACUGUCUGAGCUACAUUGCAAAAAUUAAACUCCCGAAGAAGAGGGGUACUUUCAUUGAGUUCCGAAAUGCGAUGUUGAACGUGUCCCCGAUUGGGAGAAGCUGCAGCCAAGAAGAACGCGUUGAGUUUCACGAACUCGAUAAAAAAGAAAAUAUCAGACAGAAGUUCGUAGCAGAACUGCAGAAAGAGUUUGCAGGAAAAGGCGUCACAUUCUCCAUAGGAGGCCAGAUCAGCAUUGAUGUCUUUCCUGAUGGCUGGGACAAGAGGUAUUGCCUGAGACAUGUGGAAAAUGACGGCUAUAAGACCAUCUAUUUCUUCGGGGACAAAACCAUGCCAGGCGGGAAUGACCACGAGAUCUUCGCCGACUCGAGGACCGUGGGCUACACGGUGACGGCCCCCGAGGACACCCGCAGGAUCUGUGAAGAGCUGUUCUCCUAACAGCCCCUUUCCCGAGGGAGGGCAGGGCGUCCCACUGACAGGCUGCAAGGGUCACUGGUGGCCACACUCAGGAUCCCUCCCUCCCUCACACGCCCACGACCCCCAGCCCACACCAGGCUCCCCACACUGUCCUGUGGUCCCGACGACGACGUGGCCUCCACACCCAGUGCCAGAAGCAGCCAGACUUGUCAAGAAUGGCCUGAAGGAAUACCUCCAACCUGAUUGCAUCCCCCGCCCCCGAGUCUCAGACCCUCCGUACGUGCAAUCAAAGUACACACGGUUUUGAGGGGAACCUUCCCCAUCAUUCUAGAAUGAUACAGAACGAAUGUGCCUGGACCCUCACUCCUCAUGGGUUUUGUGAAAAAUGUAACCAGUAUCAAUGUUUAGACCCCCUGUGUCAGUACCGACAGGGGCAUCCGGUGAUGAGAAAGUAUAAGAUGUUUCUAGCCACCCCUCCCCAGGACAGAAGUUCAACAGUGUCUCCGAAGGGGAAGCUCCUGCCUGAGUGUCAGCCCGGGGGGGGACUCUGAAAGCGAGGGCCUGUGGCCUCUAGGCAGUACUGAGCUCAGCAGCGCGUGGGACGCUGACCGCAGCAAGGCCCGCAGACGGGUGGCCGCCAAGUGACCACUGACCCCAACGAGUUUGCACCUUAGCUGACCUGCAGCACAGCAUGCGAGCUCCAAAUUCACUACACUUGGAGAGCCCACUGCAUCUCCGCCUGUCAGGAUGGGAGCAAGUGGGCCCCAACUGCCCUGACCCGGAUGCUGGCGCUGGCUGGCUCCCCGAGGGCCUCACUCUCCUCCACUUUCUCAGGGAUCACAUGAGAGCCUGGAUUGUUAACAGAAGAGGAGCGGCACGGCUGCUCUGCAGAUCUUUUCGUGAAGCUGCAGGUCUGCCCUGGCCUCACCCGGACCUGCACCUAAGGGGUGGGAGCCGUCGGGUGGUCGGGCCUGCGACCCCCACUCGUGCUUCGAGUUCUGUGAGGUCCUUGUGCCACUGGAAGGCAGCUCCAGGACCCCGUGGGAGAGCGCUAUCCAAGGAAACGGUUCACAGGUCACUUUUCAGAAUCUGGACUAGUCAGGACCCACAAACCCUCAAUCCACUCCAGUCCACAGCAUGGCCUCUGCUCCAGGCUGGCUGACCUGAACGGCGGUCUGCACCCCCGCUGCCCCACCCCUGCCCCUCCAGGUGCUUUCAUCUCAGCGUUCGCUGGGUCCUUCCAAGCCUCCCGGGCCCCCCCAGACUGGUCUUAACUUGGGGUCCGGUUGGGGGCAGUCUGCGUGACCACACCCGGGGCUGACGUUGCUCCGUGGUUCCCAGGACACAGCCACCCAGCGGUACCUUUCCUUGUUGGAUUUUGCAACUGAUACUGUAAUGACCUUUCACAAUGAAAAGCAGCAAAUUAAAGUUGAUUUUAUUGUUUCCCA